UUUCUCUGAAAUGUUAAUUUAUAAAUUCUCCUUUCUUCUCUGAUCUCUCUCUCUCUCUGUCUUCCUUUUUUCUCUCUCUGCGUCUUCAACAUUUCUCUCGUUCACUCACAUUUGCCUGAAGUUUAGGGUUUUGUUACAGACGAAAUUCUCCCUAUUCACCCCUCGCUCUCUCUCUAACAUACACCCAGUGAGAUUAGGAAACCAAAACAUUGAAGCUUCAGAGGUACGUCUUCUUCUUCUUCUUCUUCUUCUUCAAACCAAUCAAAAUUCCAACAUUCCCGCGAUUUCUCACAGGGCGAUCUAUUUUGCCUCCGAUUUUCUGAAUUGGGUAUUUGUAAUUUUGUUUUUAGGGGUGUGCGUUUGCGACCUAUGAAUGAGUUUUGAUUUUGAUUUAGGUCGGUGCUUACUGUUUCUUCGAUUGUGUAUUUUCUAUAUACGGAGUCAAUUUGGGGGUUUGAUUCUGGAUUGCUAUAGAAUUAGAAUGUGAAUGUUGGUUAAGUUGCAAACUUUUUAUUUAUUUAUUUAUUUAAUAUGUUAGUUUUGACUUUUGGGGUUGGAAAUGGAGUGUUAAGGUGUAGGUGAGUGGUGGGAAUGGAAUAGAGGGGGUAGAGGUUGGUGCUUGGGUGCCCUAGUGUCGCAUUUGAUAGGCUAGUGAUGACGGAUUUUGAGCCGUUACAACAGAAGCCGGAAUCUGCUGAUGCCUGUGCCGAUUUUGAGCGUGGAUUUGAGGAAUUCAUGCGGGGGCACUUGGAUGAAUGUAUGUCAUUUGCAUCAUGUAGUUCUCCUCGUAAUCCUGAUGAUGAAGAUGACGAGGGUGAGCAGCUUGUGCGGAGGAGACGGAGGUUGGAUCUGGAGGGUGAUGAUUUAGCAGAGUCAUCUGCUGCACGGCGACACCACUCGCGGAUUCUGAGCCGUUGGGCUGCGCAGCAGGCGCAGGAAAUGAUAACAACGAUUGAGAGGAGGAAUCGUGAAUCAGAGUUGAUGGCACUUGCAGGCCUGCACACGGUUUCGAUGCUUGACUCCUCGUUCUUGAGGGAGUCACAGUCUCCUACCUCAAGGCGGCAGGGGGCUGUUGAGAGGCCAAGUACUCAGGCAUCAGCAAUAUUGCAAAUGUGGAGGGAAUUAGAGGAUGAGCAUGUGUUGAAUAGAGCGCGUGAAAGAGUGAGGGAAAGGUUGAGGCAUAGGAGGAGUGUUGAGUCUAAUACUAAUGACUCGACCACAAAUAUGUCUGAUAGUCGGGGGAGUGAGAAUCAGGGUAGUUUGGCGGAUGCAAGUGAGAGUGAGAAUGAGUUUGGAACUUGGUCACAUGAUCAAAUAGGUUCACAACGUGAACACGGUGCCAAUGACGUGUCUAGUAGAGAGCAAUCUCCUGAUCUUGGUGAAGUGGAGAGGGAGAGAGUGAGUCAGAUUGUACGGGGAUGGAUGGAAACUGGCAUUGGUGAUCGUUCAUCCAAUGUUGCUCAGAGAAACACUAGUCCCAGAGCAGAGUGGCUUGGUGAGACAGAGCGUGAAAGGGUGAGAAUUGUUCGUGAGUGGGUGCAAAUGGCAAGUCAGCAAAGAGGAGCUCGUGGGGGCCAGAGGGAUGAUCAAGUUGCCAGUGGUGGUGCUCAAGUUGAUCGAGCUCGUGACGGGACGGUUGCUGACCAUGAAGAAGGCCAACCAGACCACAUUCGCAGGGACAUGCGGAGAUUUCGUGGAAGACAAGCUCUAAUUGAUUUGCUUGUAAGAAUUGAGAGGGAACGACAAAGGGAGCUCGAUUGUUUGGUGGAGCAUCGGGCUGUCUCUGAUUUUGCUCAUCGAAACCGCAUUCAGUCAUUACUCAGAGGUAGAUUCCUGCGCAAUGAAAGACCUGUUGAAGAAGAAAGACCACCUUCCAUGGCUGCUGGUGAAUUAGUCCAGUUGAGACAGCGACACACUGUUUCUGGUUUAAGGGAAGGGUUCCGCUACAGAUUAGAAAAUAUUGUUCGUGGUCAGGUUGGCAGCCAAACCGAUUCUACGAUUAACAGUAAUAUUAAUGAAUCUAGAAGUGAGCAUACUCAAACAAAUGCUUCACAGGAUGUCCAACAGGAAAGUAAUGAUCAAUUGCAGCCUGGUAGUCAGGCAACUGACAUCAAUCAGUUGCCUGAUCAAAUGGGAAGCUUGGAGAGCAACACUACUGAUGAGCGUCAAGAUUGGCAAGAAACUGCUAAUCAAGGAGGGAAUUGGCAGGAACCAGUUGUUGAAGAUGAGACACGAAACUUGGAGCAGCCAACUUUCGGUCAGUUGAAUGAAUGGAGAAAUGGUAAUGCCGAAGAUACGGCUGAAAAUUGGCCAGGAAAUUCAGUCAAUAAUUGGCCUGAGGAAACACCCAGAAAUGUUGAUGGAGAAGCAGAUCAUCGACAAGAAGCCCAGGGAAUUUGGCAUGAGAAUGGUACUCGGGAUGCUGUUGGAAAUUGGACCGAAGGGCCUUCUGGUCCCAUGAGAAAUCGCCGUUCAGUUCCAAUUAGAAGAUUCAAUAGAUUUCAUCCGCCAGAGGAUGAUAAUGUGUACAGCAUGGAACUCAGGGAACUUCUGAGCAGGAGAAGUGUCUCUAAUCUUCUUCGGAGUGGGUUCCGUGAAAGUCUGGACCAACUGAUUCAGUCAUAUGUUGAAAGGCAAAGUCAUGCUCCCAUUGAUUGGGAUUUGCAUAGAAACUUGCCAACACCAAUUCCAGCUUCACCAGAGCAUGAUCAGGAGCAACAGCGGGAUGGGCAGAAUGAAGAUCAACACGAUGCCAUUAACAGACCUUCACUUGUUCUACCAUCUCCACCAGUGCCCCCACCACAGCCAUUAUGGCACCAGGACCUACAUCACACAGGCUGGUCUCGUCAUAGCAUGCAUCGUUCAGAAAUUGAAUGGGAGAUGAUUAAUGAUCUCAGAGCAGACAUGGGUAGACUCCAGCAAGGCAUGAGUCACAUGCAGAGGAUGUUGGAGGCCUGCAUGGAUAUGCAAUUGGAGUUGCAACGUUCUGUUAGACAGGAAGUCUCCGCAGCUUUGAAUCGUUCAUCUGGUGAAAAAGGCUUGGGCGCUGAGACAUCAGAGGAUGGGUCCAAAUGGGGUCAUGUGAGAAAAGGGACCUGUUGUGUUUGUUGUGAUAGUCAAAUCGAUUCUCUCUUGUACAGAUGCGGGCACAUGUGCACUUGUUCAAAGUGUGCAAAUGAGUUGAUUCGUGGCGGAGGGAAGUGCCCACUUUGUCGAGCACCGAUUGUUGAGGUGAUUCGAGCAUACUCCAUACUGUAAAUUUAACUCUUAACAGGAAAGAAAAGAAAAAAGGACAAAAAUAUAAACUGAAUAGAAUGACCGGAAUGGUGGAAAGGGGGGAGACAGUGGUUGUUCCAUAGGAUGAAGAUGAAUGGGAAGCUUCUGUGGUCCUUUUCUCUGUAGAGUGUUUUACUAGUUUCCGAUGUUUCUCUGAUUAUUUAUGGAAAUUCGAAUGCGUUGUGUAAUUAGAAUAACAUAUGGCACUCUCGAUUCAUCAUUCUUACGUAAAUAAAAUCUUCUCUGAAUUUUUUCUU